CUCUGUCAACAAUCCAUUCUCUCUCUUUUCAGCUGCUCCCUCCCAUCCUUUUACUGAGAAGAAACACUAAUCUGAAAGAUGGAAGAUCAUGAGGAAGGAAACCAAGUCGUAAUUCCAAGGGUGAAACUGGGCAAUCAAGGCUUUGAGGUCUCAAAGUUGGGAUUUGGAUGUCUGACCCUGAGCGGAUUCUACAAUUCUCCUCUAUCUGAUGACGAUGGAAUCUCUGUAAUACAGCAUGCUUUCAAUAAGGGAAUCACUUUCUUUGAUACAUCUGACAUCUAUGGGCCCCAUACUAACAAAAUUAUGCUUGGGAAGGCCUUGAAGCAGUUGCCAAGAGAGAAAAUUCAAAUAGCCACCAAAUUUGGGGUCCAAGUAUUGAACUUUCCUCAUAUGAUAGUGAACGGUACCCCCGAGUAUGUUCGCUCAUGCUGUGAGGCUAGCUUGAAGCGUCUUGAUGUGGAAUACAUUGAUCUGUAUUAUCAGCAUCGGGUGGACACUAAAACACCCAUAGAAGAAACUAUAGGUGAACUUGAGAAACUGGUACAAGAGGGAAAAGUCAAGUAUAUUGGUCUAUCUGAAGCCAGCCCAGACACAAUAAGGAGAGCACAUGCCAUACAUCCCAUCACAGCUGUGCAAAUGGAGUGGUCUAUCUGGACUCGUGAUAUUGAGGGAGAGAUAAUACCACUUUGCAGGGAACUUGGAAUUGGAAUAGUUCCAUUUAGUCCUCUAGGUCGUGGUUUUUUUGCUGGCAAAGGAGUCGUGGAAAGUCUGGCCACAAAUAGCUCCUUGGGACAACUAAGAUCAAGAACUUGGAUAGCAACAUUGGCUCUUUGAAAAUGAGACUUAGAGAAGAAGACCUGAAAGAGAUAUCUGAUGCUGUACCCAUCGAAGAAGUGGCUGGCAGUAGAAGCUAUCAAAACAUGGAUCAUUUUCAAUGGAAGUUUGCUAACACUCCUCCAA